ACAGAAUUAACAUUGCUUUAUUUUCUGAAAUGUAAAACAAAUUAAGCAAUUAUUUACAGCAAAAGAAACAGCAAUGUUUUGAACAAAUUACUAUUAUAGACGAAUGUUGUGACGAUAGAAAUGUAUAACAAAUUAAAUAAACAAUAUUUUCCUGCAAAACAAAAUACAGUGGUGUAGAGCAACACGGGUGGGGCAUGCAGGUAGACUGUAAAAGACAAUACAGUGGUAUAGAGCAACACGGGUGGGGCAUGCAGGUAGACUGUAAAAGACAAUACAGUGGUAUAGAGCAACACGGGUGGGGCAUGCAGGUAGACUGUAAAAGACAAUACAGUGGUAUAGAGCAACACUGGUGGGGCAUGCAGGUAGACUGUAAAAGACAAUACAGUGGUAUAGAGCAACACUGGUGGGGCAUGCAGGUAGACUGUAAAAGACAAUACAGUGGUAUAGAGCAACACGGGUGGGGCAUGCAGGUAGACUGUAAAAGACAAUACAGUGGUGUAGAGCAACACGGGUGGGGCAUGCAGGUAGACUGUAAAAGACAAUACAGUGGUAUAGAGCAACACGGGUGGGGCAUGCAGGUAGACUGUAAAAGACAAUACAGUGGUGUAGAGCAACACAGGUGGGGCAUGCAGGUAGACUGUAAAAGACAAUACAGUGGUAUAGAGCAACACGGGUGGGGCAUGCAGGUAGACUGUAAAAGACAAUACAGUGGUGUAGAGCAACACGGGUGGGGCAUGCAGGUAGACUGUAAAAGACAAUACAGUGGUAUAGAGCAACACGGGUGGGGCAUGCAGGUAGACUGUAAAAGACAAUACAGUGGUAUAGAGCAACACGGGUGGGGCAUGCAGGUAGACUGUAAAAGACAAUACAGUGGUGUAGAGCAACACGGGUGGGGCAUGCAGGUAGACUGUAAAAGACAAUACAGUGGUGUAGAGCAACACGGGUGGGGCAUGCAGGUAGACUGUAAAAGACAAUACAGUGGUAUAGAGCAACACGGGUGGGGCAUGCAGGUAGACUGUAAAAGACAAUACAGUGGUAUAGAGCAACACGGGUGGGGCAUGCAGGUAGACUGUAAAAGACAAUACAGUGGUAUAGAGCAACACGGGUGGGGCAUGCAGGUAGACUGUAAAAGACAAUACAGUGGUAUAGAGCAACACUGGUGGGGCAUGCAGGUAGACUGUAAAAGACAAUACAGUGGUAUAGAGCAACACUGGUGGGGCAUGCAGGUAGACUGUAAAAGACAAUACAGUGGUAUAGAGCAACACGGGUGGGGCAUGCAGGUAGACUGUAAAAGACAAUACAGUGGUGUAGAGCAACACGGGUGGGGCAUGCAGGUAGACUGUAAAAGACAAUACAGUGGUAUAGAGCAACACGGGUGGGGCAUGCAGGUAGACUGUAAAAGGACUAACAGUUCUUAACAGUUAUUCUGGAGAAAGAUCAACAUAUUUCCUUGUCUGGCAGAAGUCGGGACCACUCCUAACUUAUUGUGUUCCCUGCAGUCGGAAAUACCCUCUCGCUAGGGGUGGAGGAGGCUUGAGCACAGAGUAGCUCUCUUCUCCCACCACCACAUCACAGGAUCUUCAGCCAUGGAGAUGGGAGGCAGGCCUUUGUAGAGCUCCACCUCUAGGUCAACACGCUCGAUGAGGGUGAGGGACGAGGAGUCCUGUUGGAUCGUCAACCUCAACUCCCUGUCCUCCUCUGAGAACAGCUCUCCCAAGGCACUCCUUGUUUUGUACAAUGGAAGGACUGUCUUCUCCAUUUCCUCUCCUUCAGACUCCUCCUCCUGUUGCUCUGUGUCUGUCUGCUCCGGCUCCUCUGACAGCCCUGGUGUUGCUCCUGUCACAUUGGCCUCAACAGUUGCCUUCCUCAGCCUGUCCCAGGUGGCAUCACUCACCAGCCUCCCUUUAAAUCCGGGGUCCAUUGCUGUGGCCGCAUGCAGGAAGGCUUGAAUGUCCUCAUUCUGAUAGCGCUCAGAGAGGUUCUCCCACACCUUCUCUUUGAUGGAUGCCAUAAACGUAUCUUCAUGCUUCACAGUGAAGUGCUUUUCCAGUUUUUGGAGGAUGGGUUUGAUCUGUCCACAGGUGGCAUUCAUAUCACAUGACACACACAGUGUGGAUGUGUAGAGGAUUCUCAUGAGCUGGACAAACUCCUCAGCCUUUAUGGAAGUCCUCGUCCUUCAUUGCUUUUUGCAGUCCUGAGUCCAAGGCUGCUGCUUGGCUGGCUGGAUGCUGCUCCAUGAAUCUCUCAUUAGAUAGAGUUCCACCUGGUCUUCACAUCAAGGAUGAGUGAGUGUUGAGG